UUCCGCUCUCCUCUGCAACCAUGUCUGACAAACCUGAUGUGACUGAGAUUGAGAAAUUCGGUAAGUCGAAAUUGAAGAAGACAGAAACUCAAGAGAAAAAAACCCUGCCUUCAAAAGAAAUGAUUGAACAGGAGAAGCAAACUGGUGAAUCGUAAUGAGGCAGGCGUCGCCAAUAUGCACACUGUACAUUCCACAAGCAUUGCCUUCUUAAUUUUACUUCUUUUAGCUGUUUAACUUUGUAAGAUGCAAAGAGGUUGGAUCAAGUUUAAAUGACUGUGCUGCCCCUUUUCACAUCCAAGAAUUACUGACAAUGAUGGCCAAGCUUGCCUCUCCCACCCCUUGGCUGGCAGGGAAGGGAAAGAACUUGCAUGUUGGUGGAGGAGGAAGCUGGGUGGGAGACAGUGAAAUCUAG